UGGUCAUCGUACCAAACCCCACACAACCAAAACGGCCGUGGACUUACCGGUGAGAGGGACAAAAACUGGCCCGUUCCAUUCCCUCUCUUUUAAACAAACGUUUAAAUAACAUUCUCCAAACCAAAUCAACACAACACUCCUAAUUUUAUAAAAGCCCCACCACAUCUCUAUUAUUAUUAAUAUUAAUAUUAAUAAUUUAUUAUUAUAAUAUUUAGAGAUGGCGAUACUGUACGCGGUGGUGGCACGGGGCACGGUGGUGCUGGCGGAAUUCAGCGCCGUCAGCGGAAACACCGGGGCGGUGGCCAGACGAAUUCUGGAGAAGCUGCCAGCGGAGGCCGACGCCAGGCUCUGUUUCUCUCAGGAUCGGUAUACAUUUCAUAUACUCAGAUCGGAUGGACUCACGUUUUUGUGUAUGGCCAACGAUACGUUCGGAAGAAGAAUUCCGUUUUCAUACUUGGAGGAUAUUCAUAUGAGGUUCAUGAAAAAUUAUGGCAGAGUGGCCCACUAUGCACUUGCUUAUGCGAUGAAUGAUGAAUUUUCAAGGGUCUUGCAUCAGCAGAUGGAAUUCUUCUCCAGUAAUCCUAGUGCAGAUACUCUCAAUCGUGUUAGAGGUGAAGUUGGUGAGAUACGCACAAUCAUGGUGGAGAAUAUUGAGAAGAUAUUGGAGAGAGGUGACAGGAUUGAGCUUCUUGUUGACAAAACUUCAACGAUGCAAGAUGGUGCAUUUCACUUCAGGAAACAGUCUAAGCGCCUUCACCAAGCGCUUUGGAUGAAAAAUGCUAAACUCUUGGCCCUAUUGACAUUCUUGAUCGUCGUGUUGCUGUACAUAAUAAUUGCCGUGUGUUGUGGAGGCAUCACUCUACCUUCCUGCAGAUCCUGAAUUGCAGUUGGCUGGUGUUGGAUUUCUGUCGGGAUAUGCUUUAAUGUCCUUUAAGGUGAAUGAUGUUAGUUCAUCUUGGAGACUGUUUUCGUGGUUCAAAUCUUUUAAGGUGUAUGUGGAAAUAUAGUAUAAUAUCUAUACAGCUGCAAGGUUCAAAAAACAUGUAGAUGCUCUAGCUGUUGUUGCACUUGGUAUUCCAAGUGAUAUAUUAUCUUGGGAUGUUGUUGAGUUGCCAUCAUAUUUUCGGGUGAUCAUUGUAUUCUGUAAAUGCUUGGAUCUCAUUUAUAGUCUAGGUCCAGUAUCCAGAUUCUGUUUGUGUAAUUUUUUUUUUUUUUUCUUUAAAGUUCUUUUAUCUCAUCUUGUGUUUCUAGACAUCAUAAUCCAGUUCAAUAGAAUUCAGCUCUGUCGUUUCAGUUCA